UGUUGUAGCUUACUACACCAUAGCCAUUAGCUUCCUUCCUCUCCCUCUCCCUCUCCCUCUCCUCUCUCUCUCUCUCUCUCUCUCUCUCUCUCUCUCUCUCUAACACACUGUCUUUCUCUGUCUAAAAUUAGAAGGGCAAUGGAAGGGGGACUUCCCACGCUCAACUGUCUCUUGCAGCACACCCUCAGGAGCCUCUGUUCUUCAGAUUUCUCUCCCAAUUCCUCCAAGUGGGUGUACUCUGUCUUCUGGAGGAUCUUGCCAAGGAACUACCCUCCCCCCAAUGCAAACUGCAGGUGGGAAUUUGGAGGAGGAGCCAUUGACAGGGCCAAAGGGAACGAGAGGAACUGGAUUCUUGUCUGGGAAGAUGGGUACUGCGAUUUCUAUGAAUGUGAGGGGGCAGGGAAUGGAUACAUGAAGGGCAGGUUUGGUCCUGAGGUGUUCUUCAAAAUGUCCCAUGAGGUCUAUAGCUAUGGAGAAGGAUUGGUGGGGAAAGUUGCAGCUGAUAAUAGCCACAAAUGGGUUUUCAGAGACUCCCAGAAUGAGCUUGAAUCUAACUUCAUUUCCUCAUGGAACAUGUCAAUUGAGCCCCAACCAAAGGCAUGGGAGGCUCAGUUCAAUGCCGGCAUUCAGACAAUUGCCAUUAUUGCUGUGAGGGAAGGCAUUGUUCAGCUUGGCUCAUUGGAUAAGGUUGUGGAAGACAUAAAUUUGGUGAUCAAGAUUCAGAGGAAAUUCAGCUACCUCCAGAGCAUCCCGGGUGUCUUCUCGAUCCAGAGGCCGUUCCUUCCUCCCCAUCUCACGGGGAUCAAGCGAUCCUUCGAUGAAGGGCCCGCCGAGCCAGGGAACUCUCCGAGCAAGUCCCUCAACUUGGGCUGGAACGGCCCGCAGAAUGACAUUCCCUGGCCCCAGCCCUCUUGGCCCAUCCCGUCGCUCCUUCCCGGGCUCGGGGCUUGGCUAUCGAAGGUGCCCUCUGGAAUCCCUACCUACAACCCGAAUGGGGGCAACAGUUUGUGCGGUGAAGUCCGAUUCGGUGAUGUCAAGGUGGAGCCUUCAUGUCACUUGGAUGGAAUUAGGGAAGAGAAGCCAAGACCCAACAAAGAGAAUUCUCUAAAUCUGGCUGAUUAGGAUAGCCCAAAAUUGCAAUAAAUGCAAAUAAAGAUAGAUUUUUCUAGCGGCCCUUUCUUUGCUUUAAAAUUGGUCGGUUGGUAGCAAAUUUUCAUUUUCUUAAUUAAUUUAUAAUAAUAUUCAUAGUAGCAUCCAUCAAAUUUCCCCUUUGUUCAUAAAGCUGAAAAGUACAAUUACCAAUGUUGAUUAGCACAUCUUAUCAGAAACAAUAAAAUGCAGAAGUACCAAUUCUUUAGUCGUAG